GCCGCCCGAUCUCACUUUUGAGUGAAGAUUAUUGUUGUUUGGUGUUCCAAGUUAUUACUUGAUGAUUAUGUGUACCUCUAAUUGAUUUAGAGAGGAUUCUUGGUGUACCCACUGAUUUUCUUGGUGAUUAGUGGAAGGCUUCGUGGUUUUCUCCCCGAUUUGGGGUUUCCACGUUAAAUCUUGGUGUUCGUUUAUCGCUUGAUUGAUUGCUUGUUGUUGUUUUUUGCUAUUCUUGAUUGGUCAUAUGAUUUUGCCCAUUUUGACAACACAAAGACGGGAAAAUUAUUUAUUGCUUCCGCUAGAAAAUUGAGGUGAUUUUCCCUACAAUUGGUAUCAGAGCUUGAGUUAUAUUUUUGGGUGUUUUUCUUGUGUUGCUAAAAUGGAGGAUAAAGCUGUUUUUGGGGGGAUGAUUAAAUUAAACUCCUCCAAUUAUCAAAGUUGGAAACCCAGGAUGGAAGAUAUUUUAUAUAUUAAGGAUUUGCAUGAACCGAUCUUGAAUAAGGAGAUGCCAAGCGGUAAACAAGAAAAUACUUGGAAAUUGCUUAAUCGGAAAACUGUGGGAAUGAUUAGGCAAUUUAUUGAAGAUAGUGUGUUUCAGCAUGUUGCUAAUGAUACCAACGCCUAUGAACUGUGGGAGAAACUCAAAUGCAUGUACGAGAGAGAAAAUGCCCUGAAUAAAGCCUCUAUUAUGAGAAGACUUGUGAAACUUGAUUACAGGGAUGGGCAUAGUGUGGUAGAGCAUUUGAAUGAUUUUCAAGGAUUGAUUAACCAAUUUUCUUCAAUGAAAUUGGUUUUAGAUGAUGAAUUGCAGGCGUUGUUGCUCCUCAGCUCGUUGCCAGAAAGCUGGGAGACCUUGGUUGUAUCACUUAGCAAUUCUGCUCCAGAGGGUAAGCUCACAAUGGAUGUUGUGAAGUCGAGUCUGCUAAACGAAGAAGCUAGGAGAAGAGAUCUGGGUUCUUCCAGCUAUUCAGAUCAGGCUCAGGUUGCUCAGAUAGAGGGUCGUGGAAGACACAGACAUAGGGACUUUGAAUCCAGGGGGAGAUCUAAAUCAAGAAGCGAAGUGAAAUGCUUCUAUUGUGAUAAACCGGGUCAUAAGAUAUCUCAGUGCAGGAAGAUGAAGCGAGAUAAAGCCCAGCAGAAAGAGGAAAAUGGUCAGACUUCUGAGAAGAAAGAGGAAAAAGACACAGCAGCCCUUGCAGAUGCGGAUGAUUUAUUCUUCGUGUUUGAUGACACUAACUUUGAUGUUGCUUUUCAGGAUUGCACUUGGAUUAUUGAUUCGGGUGCCUCAUGUCAUCUCACACCUCAUCGGGAGUUCUUCUCAUCUUACACUAGCGGUGAUUUUGGCUAUGUCAAGAUGGGGAAGGGUGACAAAUCAUCUAAGAUUGUUGGGAUGGGCACUGUUUGUUUGAAGUCCAACACUGGUUGCAGGUUGACCCUCAGAGAUGUCAGACAUGUUCCAGAGUUUCAGUACAACCUCAUUUCAGCUGGAGGACUUGACGGAAAUGGCUAUGUUAGCCGCCUUAGUGAAGGAAAGUGGAAGCUCACCAAAGGUUCUUUGAUCGUGGCCCGAGAUUAUGGGGGAGAAGAUGGAGAAAAAUGUUGUGGCGAUGAUGUUGCUCGUGAUGGUGAUGUACUUGAGCCACCUCAUUCCGAGCAUGGAGUUCCGCCACAGAGGGAUCCUCAAAUGGGUAUAUUUGAGAGAGAUUGCUAUCGGGAUGAAGUGAAGAAGGUGCACCAAAGUGAAUGGUUUCAAGCCAAGCGAGAUGAGGUUAUAUCCUUGCUUGAUGGACAUGGUCAUUCCCUGGUAAAGUUGCAUGGAAGCAAGCGAGCACUCAAGAGCCAUCGGGUGUUCAAGUUGAAGAGAAGAGAGUGUUGCUCACAACCUACGGACUUGGCGCAGUUGGUUGUGAAAGACAAUGCUGACGAGGACGGACACCAACGAGACCACUCUCUCACGACUAAAGUUUCCGGCGCCAAUGCAAUUUGUUUUGGAUGCACAGAAAAAUUUGGGAUGUUAGACAUUGAAGUUGUACUCCUUUAUAAUUCUGGGGAUGUUACAGGUUCUUUGGAUGCUCCAAUGAAUAAGCUCGGAGGUGCUCAACCUUCCCUAUCCCGAUACGAUACCGUAUCAGUGCAGGCAAGAACAGAGAAAAGGAUGAAGCCAAGGCGAAAAAUUUUGAAUCUCUCUGCAUCCAUGAAAGCCAUGAGGAAGAAAGAUCAGAAAAGGUCUUCAUCUUCUCCUACCAAAUCCUCUCCACAGGGCUACAGUUUAGUUGCUGCUGCUUAUGCAUAACAUGAAGGAAGAAGAACAAAUGGAAAUUUUAUAAGGAUCAAGAAUAGUUCUAAUAUGCAGCCUCUAGAUAUGUUUCUAGAUUAGAUUUUUAUAAGAAUGGUGCACUGCUACAAUUACAAAUUGGUUCAUUCUUAUAGCUAAGGUUUACAAGCAUUUCUAUUAGAUUCUUGAGGUGUUUCUUAGGUAUACAUCCAUCAACUGUUUGAUGAAUUGUCCGAGAAGGAAAACAGAACAAUGGAAGAGGACAAGGUAUCAAUUGUUCGAAGAAUUAUUUUAGAAAGCAAAUGGGAGCUAUGGAAGAGGACAACAAUAACGAGUUCUGUUCCCAAAUAUGACACUCAAGUAAGACAUUGACUUCUCAUCUUCAUGGAGGAUCAAAGAUCAUAAUAUACUCUGUGAGAUUUUUAGCAUCUUUUUUACCCUGUGUUUGCUCUAAUAAUCUGUGAAAUCAUUU